GCGCCGCGGGGACAGCUUCCGCCAUUUUUGAAAAUUGGGAGCGUCCGGGAAUAAAAGUAGCAGCCGCCGGGGCGAUGGCAGCAUUCGCUGUGGAUCCUCAGGUGCCCACGCUGGGAUCUGAGCCAAUGAUGCUGGGCUCACCUACAUCUCCAAAGCUGGGAGUUAACGCCCAGUUCUUACCUGGAUUUUUAAUGGGGGAUUUACCAGCUCCUGUGGCACCGCAGCCUCGAUCAAUCAGUGGUCCUUCAGUAGGAGUUAUGGAAAUGAGAUCACCUUUACUUGCCGGAGGAUCACCACCACAACCAGUUGUACCUGCUCAUAAAGAUAAAAGUGGAGCUCCACCUGUUAGAAGUAUAUAUGAUGACAUUUCUAGCCCAGGACUUGGAUCAACACCUUUAACUUCAAGAAGACAGCUAAAUAUUUCAGUAAUGCAGAGUCCUGUUGUUGGAGUUACCACACCUACUUCAGGAACAGGGCAGAGUAUGUGUAGUCCAGCAAGUAUUGGCCAACCACGAAAGACAACACUGUCUCCUGCCCAGUUGGAUCCUUUUUAUACUCAAGGAGAUUCUCUGACUUCAGAAGAUCAUCUCGAUGACACUUGGGUAACUGUGUUUGGAUUUCCUCAAGCAUCUGCUUCAUAUAUAUUAUUACAGUUUGCACAGUAUGGGAAUAUCUUAAAACAUGUGAUGUCUAAUACAGGAAAUUGGAUGCAUAUUCAUUAUCAGUCUAAACUGCAGGCUCGGAAAGCCUUAAGCAAAGAUGGGAGAAUUUUUGGAGAAUCCAUCAUGAUUGGCGUGAAACCAUGUAUAGACAAAAGUGUUAUGGAAAACAAUGACAGAUACGCUUUGUCAUCUCCGUCUCUGGCCUUUACGCCUCCCAUCAAAACCUUAGGUACACCAACUCAGCCUGGCAGCGCUCCACGGAUUUCUACCAUGAGACCUCUUGCUACAGCAUACAAAGCUUCUACUAGUGACUACCAGGUUAUUUCUGACAGACAAACGCCAAAGAAAGAUGAAAGUCUUGUAUCCAAAGCAAUGGAAUACAUGUUCGGCUGGUAGCAUGAGAAGAUCUAUGGACUCAGCUACUGAAGAGGAGUCGGCUGCACUAAAACAGAGUUAGCAGAGUACUGCCAGUUUCCUUCGGUUAGUUAUAUAACCACCCUUGGCAGUAUUGGAUUUCUAUCUCAUGCUUUUUAAGCAGCCUUAGUAUUUUUUAGAAGGAUUCAUCUUGUUUGUAGCUCGCACUUUAAAAGCUGCUUGAAAUGUUGUUUUGAUGAAAACUAAAAAUCCCUGUAAAUAGGGUUUUUGUGUUUUCUGUGAUAGUGCAUGCUUAUACACAAAAAAACUGCAUUGAUUACUGCAAGAUAAUUAAAAUUGUUGUGAGGCCUCCUAGUCUUCUGAAAAGGGGGAGUUGAUUUCAUGAAGGGAAACUAUAGCUGCUUCUCUCAACACCCAAAGAUUAAAAAUAGCUAUUUGAAUUAUGGUCUUUUAAUGUAGAUCAUAUUGAAUAUUUUACUUAUAUUUGUUUGUAUGUCUUGUCAUGGAUUGUCAUGGAUUGUCAUCUUUCAGUAUUGUGCAGCCACACAACAUUCUUUUAAGAACUUUACUACUAAAAUUUCUUGAUAAUAAACUUUGUCAAUGAUAUGUUUUGAACAGUUUUUGAAAGGUGAUUUGUUUUGUCAUUUCAUUUCAAAAGAUUUUAAAUGGAAGCUGAAAUAGACAAAAUAUGUCAUGAGCCUCUACGUGUCUGUACUCCAGUUUCAGUUACUGUUAGGCUUGACUGUGCUUGAUAUUUACCUCCUUUUUAUUUUGUUUAGAUACUUUAUAGAUGUUAUAUUUUAAUCUGCGUGAGAAUAUAUCAGAAAGAAUAUUUCCACACAUAAUUAUAUCAGCAUUUCAUGUAGUGGAGUUAAUAGUUUAUUAAUGUCUAAUAUCCGUUUUGUUAAAAUCAAAGUCUAAACUAGAGCUUCAUAAUUUAUGUUGUUUUUCUCUUAAAUGUUUUGUAAUCUGAAUUCUCUGUUUCACUCCAUGAUUCAAGCCCUCAUGGCUCGCUGAAGGAGACAUAGAAUGUCGUCUGUGUCUUAUGAGUGUUUUACGUCCACGGUUAUUUUCUUGUUCAACAUUUAUUCUGUAUCCUAGAACCUGUUUCUGUCAUUUUGCUUUUUUGUAAGUUUUUUGUUCUUAUUUCAUGCUUUGUAAUUUGUGGUCCUUUUUGGUAGUGAAAUAUUGCCAAUUCUUUUUUCAUUUCGUUUUGUGUGUAUAUUCUCUGGUUAUUUCUGUUUAUCAUGGAUAUUACGUGUAACACUCUCCACCUGUUAUAGUUGUUGGUGUAACUAAAUUGAUCGUGAUCAGUUGUGUGUUCAAAACAUGAACUAAUGAUCCUUUGAAAUGAUUUAGUCCCAAAUUGUGUGGAAAACAGUAUA